ACAUAACAAAAAAAAGGCUUUAGUUUUUUUUCACAUUCAUGUCACAAUAAUACAAAUAACUGUCACUUUAAGGGCUAGUAAGCCUCAAUAGUUUUACUCUCUACUAGUGUGCCAACAGGGCUACUAUAUGUGUGUGUGUCCAUCUGUUCAUUUGCUUAACCCUAUCAAAUGACAGUGUAAAUGAGCAGCCUCGGUUUCGUUUCACUAAUCACAGAGAGGAGGUCAUCUCGUGCGUCGCUUUGCCUCAGCAACGAGAGAAGAGUUAGAAUAUAAGAGGAAGAGAAAUACAGUAAUGAGAGGAUUUUGUUUUUUACCUGCACACACCUAUCUUACAGUAUAGUCUAUAGCCGGCAAUCGGAGACGGUGUAACCUUUGCGCGUCAGUGGCUGUGCAGAGCGGCAUGCGUUCAUUUGUGCGCCUGUUGACCCGGCUCCUCAUCAACCCAAUGAGCGCCGUGGAGGAGGAGGCUCUCCUUUUACCGCCGCGCAUCUCUCCACCAUCUCCUCCUCCUCACUUUCCCAGUCGGCCAGCGAGCCUGUCGGAGCUCUUAACUACACACAAACACUGUCACUCCGCCUUGACAAACUGCAGGUGAAGGAUAUCUAAAGCCUCUCUCCGCGUUUUGGCUCAUUUUAUCCCCCCUACCUACCGCCUCGAGUGAAACGCAUUGGGACUUUUUUCUUUUGCGUAUUUUUUUUUUUUAUUUGGUGAAACGAUGCAGCAGAAGCAGAAGCAGCGGCGGGAAAGGAUGCAAGUCUCACUAUAGUCUCCCCCUCGGAAUAACGCCAAAUGGAUGGAUGCUGCGCAGCUCUCCUCACCCUCCUCACCAACUGCUAUGGAGGCAUGCCAAGCCAUGCAAGUGACCUUUAUCACGCCAUGAAUGCGAGCUCCGCCGUUCAAAGAGGACACAAGUAACCUUUUCUUGUUAUCUAAGAAGGAGCUGUUGAUCUGACGAGAGGAGCUGGGAAAACGAGAGGAGCCGAGAGAGAGAAGGAGAAGAAGCAAACAAACAAACAAACAAAACAAAAACAAAACACACACACGACAGGAUGCCAAAGCGGUCCGAGGAGAUGCUGAUGGAUCUGUGGAUGUCCUUGCUGCUGGUGUGGAUUACUUGUGUUCCUUGCGCGUCCAUGACUCCCAUCACAGGCCAGUCCAAAAGUACACAAACUGGUGGGUCCACGGCGGUGGCGAGCGGCCCUGGCGAAGGACAAAGAUUACUGAGCCGCGCCAAGAGAGGAUGGGUUUGGAAUCAAAUGUUUGUGCUGGAGGAAUUUUCUGGACCCGAUCCAAUUCUAGUUGGCAGGCUACACACAGACUUGGACGUGGGCGGCAAGAACAUCAAGUACGUCCUGGCAGGCGAGGGCGCCGGCACCAUCUUCGCCAUCAACGAAUUAACGGGCGACAUCCACGCCAUGAAGAGGCUGGACCGCGAGGAGAAGGCAGAGUACACGCUAACAGCCCAGGUCGUUAACGCCGACACGGACGAGCCCUUGGAGCCGCCGUCCGAGUUCAUCAUCAAAGUGCAGGACAUCAACGACAAUCCACCGCAGUUCAACGAAGGCCCGUACCGAGCCUCUGUUCCAGAAAUGUCUGCUGUUGGUACCCCAGUUACCCGGGUAACAGCCACAGAUGCCGAUGAUCCAGUGUACGGGAACAGUGCUAAGCUAGUAUACAGCAUACUGGAGGGACAACCGUAUUUCUCCGUAGACCCCAACUCUGCGACCAUAAAAAUUGCUCUCCAUGGGAUGGACCGGGAGAUGAGAGAGGAGUACCUGGUGGUCAUUCAGGCUAAGGACAUGGGAGGUCACAUGGGGGGCUUGUCCGGAACCACGACGGUCACCGUCACGCUAACGGACGUCAACGACAAUUCACCAAAGUUCUCUAAAAGUUUGUACGAGUUUGUGAUCCCUGAAGACCUACCGGUAGAGAAAAUGGGGGGCAAGGUGAAGGCAAAUGACAGAGACAUUGGCGACAAUGCCAAGUCAACGUAUAACAUCAUCGAGGGGGACGACCAGGGCAUGUUUGAGAUCGUCACCGACACGCAGACGCAAGAAGGGAUUCUUCGAUUGAAAAAGCCUAUAGACUACGAGAGCAAGAGAGCCUACACACUGAAAGUUGAAGCCACAAACAUCCGCUCCGAGCCCAGCAGCGGUGGGCCCUUCAAGGACACGGCUACUGUCAAGAUCGUGGUAGAAGACUCCGACGAACCUCCCAUUUUCUUCAAACCCGUGUACCUACUGGAAGUGAACGAGAACGCCCCCGUCAACACGGUGAUAGGGACGGUCACCGCCAGAGAUCCAGACUCCACUGGGAGCCUUGUCAGGUACUUCAUCGACCGGCACACGGACCUGGAGAGGCAGUUCAACAUCAACGUGGACGACGGGAAGAUCACGCUGGCCAAACCUCUGGACCGGGAGACGGACAUGUGGCAUAACAUCACAGUAACCGCCACAGAAGUCAGAAACCACAGUCAGAUAUCGAGGGCGAUUGUGGCCAUCAGGGUAAUGGACAUUAAUGACAACGCCCCUGAGUUUGCCACCGAAUACGAGGCCUUUCUGUGUGAAAAUGGGAAACCUGGACAGGUGAUUCAGACUGUCAGCGCGGUGGACAGAGACGACCCAAUCCAGGGCCACUACUUUGACUACCGCCUCGUCCCGGAGAUGCUCAACAACCCCAAUUUCACCAUCAAAAACAACCAAGACAAUUCAAUCAGUGUUCUGGCCAAGCAUGAUACCUUCCGGCGACAGAAACAAGAGAUGUACUUCCUGCCAAUCAUCGUGACGGACAAUGGGAAUCCGCCGAUGAGCAGCACCAACACCUUGACCAUCCGAGUCUGCGGGUGCAGCAAGGACGGCAUUGUCCAGUCCUGCAACGUGGAGGCCUACGUCUUACCUAUCGGCCUUAGCAUGGGAGCUCUCAUUGCCAUCCUGGCCUGCAUUAUACUGCUGUUAGUAAUAGUAGUACUAUUUGUGACCCUGAGGAGACACAAGAAUGAGCCCCUGAUUAUAAAGGACGAUGAAGAUGUGAGGGAGAAUAUUAUCCGUUACGAUGACGAAGGAGGCGGCGAGGAGGACACGGAGGCUUUCGACAUCGCAACACUGCAGAAUCCGGAUGGCAUCAACGGGUACCUUCCGCGCAAGGACAUCAAGCCUGACCUGCAGUUCAUGCCCCGGGCAGGCCAGCACUCUGGCCCAAACGGCGUGGACGUGGACGAAUUCAUCAACGUGCGGCUCCACGAGGCAGACAAUGAUCCCACGGCACCGCCUUACGACUCCAUCCAGAUCUAUGGAUACGAGGGCCGGGGAUCCAUCGCCGGCUCCCUCAGCUCGCUGGAGACGGCGUCGUCAGACUCGGACCAGAACUAUGACUAUCUCAGAGAGUGGGGCCCGCGCUUCAGAAGACUUGGGGAGCUCUACUCUGUGGGCGAGAGCGACCGCGAGACCUGACCUUUGGUUUGUUAGAACAAAAAGACCUUUCCGACUUUCUUUUCUGUCCACAUACUUGUGUAUUAAACGCUAGGGGGUUUGCUGGCUUUUAGAAACAGGUGUUUAAAAAGAAAAAAAAAACAGUUAAUAACAAGGGAGGCCACCUUUUUGUAUUCUUGUUAGAGUGAGGUAUAGCAGUCGUCAUCCACUACGUCAAGCGCAUUGUAAUUGUUGAGCCAAACAAUGUCUUUAUUAGGAGAUCUAUGAUUCUUGUGGAGUGUAUCUUAGAUUCCGUUGUGGAGUGUCUAGCAGUAUUUUGGGUGUUAGUCAUUUGCUGUGACUGCCAGUAGCAGAAAAACCCUGGGAUUGCUGGUAGUUGAGAGGAAAAACGGUAUCCGUUGGGUUCUCUGAAGCUUGAGCGGACACUCCAUGAACCAUGGACAGCAAGCUGGACCUCAGAAGCUGCAGAGGGACUCUUGUUUCACGUCUCCCUAAGCCACCAAGCUGAUCGGCGAUCUGAAAUAAAAAAUGACAAUGAAAAAGCAAUAUAUGGUCUACAUUACAAUGAUGAAUGUAUGUAUGAUUUGAAAAAAAAAGCAAAAAGACAAACCAGUAUUGGCUUUAAGGGGGAUUUGUUAGCAUUUGAUAAUGUUCUCUGGUGGCCACAUUUAUAGACUAUCUAAAGCCCAGAGAGGCUUGCUUUAUACAACUCUUUGUAUUUACACGCUACAGGUGUGGGUCGCAAGUGUUACUAGCCUAUAAAAGACUGACGUGAAGACAAAAAAGAGAAAUGUAGAAACUCUGAGGCCUUCUUUUUACAGAAGCAACGUUAAAUACAAUUGUAAUCUACUGUUUUUUGACAAGAGAUGUGUUGAUUCUUCAUUAUUGUUCUAUGAGUUUUUUUUUGUAUUUCUGUUCUUAAAAUCAUUUUUUUUCCUGUGCUGACAAUUUUGAAGUGAGUGUGUUUAGAUUAUUUCACAUUCAGCUGUUUUUUCCAACCACUUGAACACUAUUGCAUAGCAGCCAAAACCAUAUCAUGAAUUUAUUGCAGUUGAUAAUAUAGACUAGAUGUAAGCAAGCAAACAAGAGCUCUAAGUUUCCGCAACAAUACGGAUGAUCUAAUUAAUUGGGACUACAGGAAUGGGACCUUUCUGACACAAUGCUAAUUCUGUGUAAAAUAUAUCUCAUAAUAUACUCUGAGGUACAGCCAGUGAGCGUCUGAGCACAAUAGUCCAAUUGAUACCCGAGUAUGUGACUCUUUCCAAACAUCAAAUCUCAUUUAGGAAAACACAGAUUGCAUUAGCGAGAAAAAAAUGAAAACACAAAUCCAGACCAUGAUGUGCAUAUUGUGCUUACACUGUAUGAUAUCAAUAAAAAAGACUUGUACUGUACAUAGAGUUACUGCUAACGUCAUUAGCUUUCAAUGAGGUGGUAGGUUUGUCUCUGCACGUUAGCUCUUGCACAUAAUGAGAAUUUCAAAUGGCACUACAGCUGCGUGCAUACUCAGUUUGUACUGAUACAGUAUUAUGGCAGUUCUCGGUAGACUAAACAAUAUAUAUGGAAUAGUCCUACAUGCAGAUCAUAUUUUGUACUGUGCUUUAAUGCUUAUAAAUGUGUAUGUUCAAUUAUUUACUCCCUGUACUGUAAUCUAAGAUACCCUGUAUUGUUUCCUACUUUGUGAAAUAUAUUUUUAUAAAUAUCGCUGAA